GUACGGCUGACGUCGGAUGUAAGCUUCGAGCCGGCGUUGGGCCUAGUGUUUCAGGCUUUUCUGGGCCUUCAGAUUUGGGGUCCGGUGCGCAGUUCAGGGGGAACUCGGGGUCCGUGUCCGACCCUCAGCGCCGAACGGGAGCAGCCGGGAACUUGUUGAGCCCGCGCCCUCGGACCCACCAGUAACGGCAGCCCCGGAAUUGGAUGGUGAUUCGGCUGCUGGAGUCGCUCCCCCUGCAGGGUAGCCCCGUCAGACAGGGUCGGUGUUGACUUCGGACCGGGACUGGGCUGUCUGCAUCCAGACAAGUGACUGGGGUUCGCUGUAAUAGAGGAGCCUGCGCCCCUGAGCGGGUUUCCUUGUGGAUUUGUACCUUUAUUAGAUUCACUUCUCUUCCCCCACCCGUAACAGGACAUGCUUAAUUUUGAUGUUUUACUUAUCCCGAACAAAUAAUGGUAAUAGGAGGUUAACACAAACAGGCAGGAAGGUAUCACUGAGUUUGAUAACCCCCCACUGACUUCAAGUCAAUGUAUGGACGGCGUUAGGAUGGAUGAUCAAGAACUGGAAAACGGUGAAGUCAAGGUGGAAAGUGUUCACGCCGAGGUUGAUAAAGAUGUUUCUCUGAAAAACCGUUGCAGCUGGGAUGCUAAUGGAGAGACCCUGGAGGAAGAUUUUCAUGGUGAUGAGCGCUGUGCGCUUUUGAGCAAAGAUGUUACUGAGAAAGACAACUUUGUGGACUUGAUGGAACUAGAAAACACAUUGAGUGAAGGAGGCAGUGCUUCUGUAAACUUGUCAGACCUAACGACAGAUUCAGAAAACAAUUUGAUUCGAAAUGGUGUGAUAGACUUAAGUUCAGAAACUGACAAUGUAGAAAAGACUUCAGAUCUUCAGGAUGAUGAUCACUGUCAGAUCAAAUUGCUUUUGAGCCAGUUACACAUGUAUGAGCAGGGUACAGUGACCUUGGGAAGCAAAGCAAAGCUAGUGGAUGGUUACAGUUUAGAAAGUGAUAGCAAGCUAAUAACAUGUGCUGAAAGUGAUUCAUUGACCAGUGAUAACAGGCAAUUAUUUAAUACAAUUAACCAUCAGGAUGUUUUGACUGAGAUGAGUCCUGAGCCCUUAAUGUCGACUGAGAGACCUAGAAGAUAUGAAAUGAAAGAUCUGCUUCAUCAUGGCGGUGAACUGAGUCAUGCUCCUGAAGGAGCUGUUAAAAACAACACAACCUCAAGAGAAGUUUCGUCUGGGAACGUGUUUGGACAAUCUGUGGAAAACACUGAUAGAAAGCUCCAGCACCAACAGGCUGCUGAUUUAUGUGCAGGUAGUUUUGGGGCAAAUGAUGACUCGAGCUCUUUAGAUUGUGAACCAUUAUAUAGGCUGAAGAAAGACUGGAGGAGAGAGGGAGAGGCUUUGUCUUUAGCCAUUAAAGAGCUAAAAGAAGAAGUUGAGAAUAUUAGUAAAUCCUUUCUUCCUGAAGAUGAUGUUGAGCACACUGAUAUGCCAAGUCGAGCUGCUUGCCACACAGAAAGCAGUAUCCGUGAACAUGAUAGUCAGCCGAGGAAGAAAUUUUCUUAUCCUGCAUUUAAAGAAGUGUCAGGGCCCUGUGAUUCUGAGGAUCUCCUUGAUGGAAUCAUAUUUACAGCAAGUUACCUUGGAUCAACACAGCUGUUCUCUGAUAAAAAUCCAUCAACUAAUGUUCGAAUGUCACAAGCACAGGAAGCAGUGGGGAGGAUAAAGGCACCAGAAGGAGAGUCACAGCCAAUGACCGCAGUGGAUCUGUUCAUAUCAACACAGCGAAUUAAAGUACUAAAUGCAGAAACACAGGAAGCCCUGAUGGACCACCCUCUACAGACCAUUUCGUACAUUGCAGAUAUUGGAACUACGAUAGUUUUCAUGGCUCGUCGACGAAUGCCACGUAAGUUGCCAGACCAGGAGACCAGGAACUCACCUGCCGGAAAGCGAGAGUACAAGAUGAUAUGCCAUGUCUUUGAAUCAGAAGAUGCAUCACUUAUCGCACAAGCAAUAGGCCAAGCUUUCACUGUGGCGUACCAGCAGUUUUUGAAUGCUAAUGGUAUCAACCCUGCGGAUCUGAGUCCUAAUGAAUACAAUGAUUUACUUGACACAGAAUUUUACAAUGGGGAUCUUGUGCAUUUUUCCAAGUCAGAGAACUCCAAAGAGGUCCAUAUAGAGAAAGCGAAGGGAGAGAUCCUUGGCCUUGUAAUUGUGGAGUCAGGCUGGGGCUCCAUCCUUCCCACAGUGGUGAUAGCCAACCUCAUGCAUGGUGGGCCGACGGAGCGAUCAGGAGAGCUGAAUAUCGGUGACCAAAUCAUUUCUGUGAAUGGCACUAGUUUGGUUGGACUACCACUCACCACAUGUCAGGGAAUAAUCAAGGACUUGAAAUACCAGUCUGAAGUGACACUCAGCAUUGUACGUUGUCCUCCAGUCACCACAGCAAUUAUCAAACGACCAGACCAAAAGCACCAGCUUGGAUUUAGUGUACAGGAUGGCAUUAUAAUGAUUCAGUUCUCUGGUAAGAUCAUAGUACAAAUUAAAAGAAAAACUCAGAAGAUCCUAAAAAUGGGGAAAGAAGAAAAUAAAGGAAAGCGCAACAUGAUCUACAGUCUCAUGAGAGGUGGAAUUGCAGAGCGAGGUGGAAUCCGCGUAGGACACCGCAUUAUUGAAAUAAAUGGACAAAGUGUUGUUGCAACUCCACAUGAUAAGAUUGUGCAAAGGCUGUCAAAUGCCACUGGUGAGAUACAUAUAAAGACAAUGCCAGCAGCAACGUACCGACUGCUAACAGGACAGGAGCAACCGAUAUACAUAUAACAAAAGAGACAUCACUCCUAACUAGCUCAAACAUUUCAGGAUGUAUUGCUUCUACAUUAACAAGGCUUGGUAUGCUGUGCCGUGAUAGUAUUAGGCACCAUUCUCAAUUUACACAUUCAAGAGAUGACUUAACACAACUGUUCUACUCUGUACUAAAUUGAGUGCUAUCUAAGAGCUGAGAGCUGCAGCAGCACCACAAGCCUAUGUGAAAGAGGAAGAAAUAAGUUAGCCUCUCAGGCAGGAAGUCUGUGUGCUAUGUACCAAUGAUUUUGUCACUGAGAUGCAGUGCAGCGAUAUUUGUUACAGGGGUUUUGCACCAAAGCUUCUGUCAUAUCACCAGCACGAACUUGUUAUCAUGUUGGCAUCUAUAAGCACCUCUAUCAUUUUAUUUAUGUGGAAACACAUGUUGAUUAAUUUUAUCAUUACUAAGGAUAAGGGCUUAACCAUUUUAACUAACGGAUUUAUUUAAAAAUGCAUAAGUUAAGGGAUAGCUUGUAAUACACAAACCAGCGUACCAUAUUUUUGUUUAAACACGUAUGGAAUAAUAUGUGUUGGCAUGCAGAGACUAUGGCGGUAUAUUUCACCUGGUCUUGUGUGAAAGUGCCUUUCCAACUGUGUGACUUCCUGAGGUGAAGGAUCCAGAUUCAAUUUCCAUUCUUGAGUUUUGGUCUGGGUAUACACAUUGUAGUUACAACCCAUGUAUAGACAUUUAAAAAUUCAAGGCACAACUCUGGGUGCUAAAAUUAGCAUCUCUAAACAAAAAAACAAAAUAUCAGCCUGCUGUCCCUGGUUGUUAUCGAGGGAUUUAUUGCUGGAAAUUGCACGCAUGGAUGAUGGAUGCAUUUUUUUUUUGAAGUUAUUGAAGGGCAGCUUGCACUUGUGGAAUUGCACCCAUAACCAGGUUCGGUGCCCAUCAGCUUGCAUCUCACCAAGUGUCAGCAGCAUCCAUGGGACCACAUCUCGCCAGUAUAUGGUGCAGUUUACACUUAUUAAUUUAGGACAGCUCUGUUUGAGUACACGUUUUAUUCACAUGCACCCAGGAGUUUGAAGUGUGAUGGAAUUCAAAAACAAAACUGUGUCUAAUUCUUAAGAGGAAUUUGUCAUUCAGAAACUUUUAUAAAAUGAACAAAUUUAGUUAGGGAUCAGUCACUAGCACUGGAUUGUUUAUGGGCAUGAGGGCUGGGGUGGAUGCGAUGCAUUACAUAGUAGACCACACUACCAGCUCUGACUGUCCAGUUCACAUGAAGAAUGAUCAUGUGGUUAAUAGCUGGGGGAUGUGUGGAAUUAAUGCCUUUGGAGGUUACCCCUAUAUCAAUUACUCAUAGGAAAGUGAAUGAAAGUAUUGUUGGAUGGUGAGGGAUUGGAAUUAAAUGCUUUGAAAAGAUUCUGACAAUACCUCAGUUUGGAAUAUUUACCCUUGGUGCCUUGAAAAGCAAAUGAAGCUUGUUCUGGUAUUUGACAUGCGUAGGGUGUUGAUUAAGAACUGUGUUUGACUCGAUGCGAAUGAAUAUAGCAGUGUUGUGAUGUUUCAUAAUUCACAAGAGCUUACUGUUUUUUAUCAAGUAAAGGUCUACCCAUGUGGCUUAGCUGGUAACGGCUUGUCAUCUGUUACUGAUCAGUGAGCUGGUAGCUGUGCUGAAUUAGCUGAACUCAGCUGUGACAGUUAGCAGGGGAGGAGGAUUGGUGGGAUGCCACAAUUCCCCUCAGCUUGCCAGAUUCAUGCACCUAGUCAAUAUAAUUUCCCUGCUGGAAUAUUCAUUGUGCAUUGAGAAUUAGAGAUAGGGACUGUCAACAGGCACUAUGUGAGAUGCAUAGACCUGUGGAAUUGUAGUCGGGCAGGAGUCAGGGUUUUCAAGGGAGGAAACUUGAGUUUUUAAAGAAUACUAUAACUGACAAUGCACCGGAACUUUUGAGCUGUAACCUUCUAUUAUAUUAAUUACAUCAGAACUUGUUGAACAGCAAACUGCUGUAAUCAGAGUUGAUCCAUGCGGUAUUUAACAUACACCCCGUAAGCUGCCUUUUUGUUCGUGCGUCUUCCCAGAAUUGUUCCAAAGGAAUGUGUGACAUUAAAGUAUUUGAAAUGAAAAUGAGAGAAUAAGCAAAUUGUUGAGAGUUUCAAGUAAUUAUAUCAUAGUGCUUCCUUCAAACUUAUUUACAAUUUUCUUCGCAAUAAAGAAUUAUUAUGGUA